GAGAGAGAAAGAAAGAAAAAAAGAAAAUAGAAAGAAAGAAAGCCAAACCAACAGUGGCAGAGAGUAGAAUGGUGGUUACAAGAGUCUGGGGCAUGGGGGAAAAGGGAAGAUUAAAAAAAAAUUAGAAAUAGAAUGGUAGUUGCCAGAGGAAGGGGUGAAGAGUCUAUGGGGAGUUAUUGUUGAGUGGAUAGAGAGUUUUCAGUUUUUGCAAAAUGAAAAAGUUCUGGAGAUAAAUGGUGGUGAUGGUUAUAACAAUAAUAUAAAUGUAUUUAACACUACUGAACUGUACACUUAAAAAUGGUUGAGAUACGGGCGCCUCGGUGGCUCAGUCGGUUGAACGUCCAUCUUUGGCUCAGGUCAUGAUCUCGCAGUCUGUGAGUUCAAGCCCUGUGUCGGGCUCCGUGCUGACAGCUCAGAGCCUGGAGCCUGCUUCGGGUUCUGUGUUUCCCUUUCUCUCUGCCCCUCCCCUACUCAUGCUCUGUCUCUCUCUGUCUCAGAAAUAAACAUUAAAAAAAUUUUUUAAAUGGUUGAGAUAGUAAAUUUUAUGUUAUGUGUAUGCUACUACAAUAAAACUCAGGGGAAAAAAUGGUAAAGGUAGGAAACACAAAACCCAAGGGGAAAAAUGUGUAUGUUAUAAUAGCAGUACACAUUGAUAUAAAAAUAAGAGACUUGGAGAUUGUGUUUUUCAUCUUGUCAUCCAAUUUACUUUGUAUAAUAAUCAUAUUUAUUUAGGAGUCCAUGUAUCUGGUUCCUUUUUGAAUGGUUUAUACAGAAGACCAUCAUGGAGAACAUGAGAAUUGGUGGAAAGUUGAAGGAAAGUGAAAAUGAGCAGUAGUUAUUUUCUAAGUAGGACUCUUGAUCACCUAAGAAAGAGUAAUGUUUUGGAGAGUCAUGAAGUAGAAUUAAAGUUUACAGUUUGGUUGGGCAUUUGCUGAAGUACUUUGCCAACAGUGGUGUAUAUACUUUAUCAUAUAAAGCCCAACGUAUAUAAUGGAGAAGCAGAGGGAAUAAAAAGAAAUCUUAAGUAGAGAUUAGAUAGAGUCAGGCUUGAUUUGUAAAGGUAAAUGUUGAAACAAUGGGGAAAAUGGAUACCAUGAGGGAGUGACCAGAGAGAGGCCAGGAAUGUAAGCUUUUCAUUCAUCAAAAAGAGAAGCAAUAAAAAGGAGAACAUAUCAGAUCUAACCAGAAUCUCUUUUGGAACACAGAUAUUAUCUUCUCUCUCUUAACCACUCAAAAUUAUCUGAACUUAGAAGCCCAAAAAAAAAAAAAAAAAAAAAAGAUUUUCUAAUGUAUUCAACUGUCCUUCAGUCUUUUCCUGUCUGUACUCAGGAAAAUCCUGACCUAAGGCAUGCCCUGGUACUUGAAGGUCUACCUCAUCAUCAUCCAGGGAGGGAGACAAAGAAAGCUAAACUUUGAGCUCUAGCUAGAUUCUGUUUUCUCAGGAGAAUGUGGAGUUUCCUUCACCUUCUGUCAAAAGAGUUAAAACACAUGAAAGCCCCUCUUCAAAGACUUUAUCUGUUUAAAAUUAGUUAUAGGUUGUAAGGAGAAUUUUUCUGAGUUGGAAGAAAGUUGAUACUAUUAUCUACAGGGAUGAACACUGUCAAAAAAUAGACUGUUGGUACAGGGUCUAAUGUGUCUAUUUUAGGGGUCUCAUCUUUUGAAAUCAUGGUCAUAACACCAGACUGCAUCAGGAUUCACACAUUUAUAUUAAACAAAGCAGAAGAGUCACUAAUAGCUGUUUCCUAAGAAGUCACACUCUGAAGACUUAAUGACUUAAACUUAAUUAUUUUCAUGACAUCAUCCCCCAGAAAGACUCCCCCCACCCCUUCAGGUUAUUUCGUUUCCUAACAGCUCAUGAGACAUAAUCUCCCCUGACCUAGAAGUUACAUCUGAUCUGGUGAUUUGUUUCUGCAGAUGGUAGAGAGGAACAAAUAGUUAGAUGGGCUUAAUGACCCAUCAGCCCAAGUUUAUGUGCCCAGAGGACUCUGAAGUCUAAGCUCAGGGAUCCUGGGACAUGCUUAAACUUAGGGAUGUUUUCACUCAUUAUAAAGAUUUUCUCCAUGUGACAGGAUGGACUUAGGACCUGGAGGCUUGAAGGGGCUCCAAUCACCAUGUGUAAGCACCUAGGCUUAUGCUGUGGUAUUGGUUCAAGUGAGGGCUGACAGAGGAAAUAUUAGAAAGGUAAGGCUACAUAGACAGGGGAGAUGAGACACGAUAGUGAGGAAGAGAAGAGGUAAAUGAGGAUAGAAGGGGACAAUAGUCUCUUCUCUGCUCAGGAGUUAUCCAAACCCCAUUAUCCAUUCUCUUCACAAAAGAACACAACAGAGCACAUGGGACUGGAAAAGACAUUCAGCAGGUGAGCACAGAGAUAUGCCAACAGGCAAUAUGCAGAAAUUCUCUCUCCUCUCUGUCUCCCUCUCUCUCUCUUCCACACAUACGCGCAUGCGUACACACACACACACACACACACACACACACACACACACACCUCACAUAGUAUACUCCUCACCGCUAGAAAGCCACAAAUAGUUUUCAGUAGCAUAACCACAUAUAUUGUCUCUAAAGAAGAUUGCUUUGACUAGCAAAUUGUUGGCAGGGAAGCAGACCCAGCAACUAGGCUUGCUGUGAUUCAUCUGAGGCAGAAGAAGGCUACUGCAGGUCACUGUCAUAUGUUUGAGGCUAGAUGUAGAAGUGUGACUGAUGUCAUAUCCAAAUAAAAUGAUGUAGGUAUUAUACAUUUGGUCUGCCCUAUAAUCUUAUUUGUUUUCUCCUGCAUAAUCCUGGUUUAGAGGUUCUCAAUUCUACAUUGCCCCCCUUCCCCCACCAUGCACCUACUACUUUAUGGAAAUAUAUCCAAGCCUUUUUAAUGGAGCCCAGUACAUCUGCUAGUUUAGUCAUAUCCAGUGUCCCCCUCUAGUUUUCUGUGUCAUAGCCUAUUCAUGACAGUGCCUGAAAGAAGUUACUCUCAUCAAUUGGUUGAUCCCACCCAGCUUGAGAAAUCUGUAGAAUGAGAGAGAACACAGUUUACUUUCCAACUGAACUGUAUUAGUUUAUGUGUGAAUCCAUAGAAUUCUAGAAAUAAAUCUAAAUGUGAAGCUCUACACUUCUCAUUCACUUUGCAAUAUUGUGGGUCAUCCCUCUUUCCCUGCCUCCUUCAUCUUACCCUAUAGUCACCAUGAAUUAUUUGUAAGUAAUAAAAUCUUUAUAAUCAAGUAAGUUAUUUGUGCUAUUAGGUGACAAUCUUAGCUAUUUAGAAUUAAAAUAAAAAUAAAAUUUGGGGAAGGACUAAUAGUUUAAAUAAGUACCACUUAUUGAAUAUAUCCUAAGAGCUAGUCCUUUACAUGCAUCGGUCAUAUUUGUGCUUAAAACAAGUCACAUGGAUAGAAUUUAUUAACUCAAUUUUACAGAAAAAAAACUGAUGUAGAAAUUAAAGGAAUUUGUUCAAGGAUUCCCAUUAGUAUGGCAUAGCAAGAUUUCAAGGCAUGUUUGAAUGAAUUCAAAGUCUGUAUAAAUCAUCUAUAAUAUUCUAGUAUAAGAGUCAAAGGAAAAAGAGCCAGUGGGGUAAAAAAAAAAACACAACUUCAAUAAAUUGAGAGUUGGUGGGCACUAAAAGGGAAAGAUCUCUAACUAUUAUCAAUUAAACUUUUAAAAUGGACUCUGGGCUUUUUGUCCAUGUGCACAUCUAGAAAAAGAUGAAAUUACUACCUUGCCUUCCAGGAAUAAUCCUUGAGCUUAUUGGCCCACACUAUCUGCCACUAUUUGUGGCACACAACUGCAGCAGAAAUAAGGCAACUUUCUGACCAAAAUUGUGAGAGGGUGGGUGUCCUACUGAAUUUGAGGUAUAUUAUCAAAAAGAGCUCCCUCUGCUUCUCCCCUGGAAAGCUCCCCCCUCAGCCAGUAAAGUAUCAUUGAAAAACAGCAGCCCUGAAGAUGGGGCUGACUCUGGACUGUGAAUCUCAUGAUGUGUCAUCCUACUUACUUCCUCAGACUUUCCUAAGUCCCACCAGCCAUUGCCCACUGAUUUCUCAGCCUUGCAUACUCCUGUCAACAAUGGCAAACAUUGUUUUCUCCAUAUAUAUGAGUAAUUUUCUCUCUAGCUUCUUUGGGGGCAAGAGACGUUCCUCUUUCUCAAGCAGAGCAGGUGACUAUCAAUUCCCUUGCCUGGGUAUUACUACUCAGCAAUAACUAGCUGGCAAAGUUACAUGCAAUCACAUACAUAAUAAGAAUCAGUUUAAUAACUAACUCUCUUUUUCUCUUUCUAUCUCUCACACAUACACACACAUAAGCGCACACUUACACAAAUCCUGAUUCUAUUCAACAGCUAAAUUCUGAAAAACUUGGAACCAUACACUCCUGUGGCAGUGCUGGGAAUGUUAAAAUGAAUAUCCCCCAGUUUUUGCCCCCAGGCAGCAGCAUUUCUAUUAGUAACAAAUAGAUAAAUACAUAAAAAAAGUCAUGUUGUAUUAGAUGCAGCAUAAUUGUACAAUAUACUAGUGGCACAAAGUGUUAAAACAAUUUCCUUUAUUCAUUUCAGGGAUCAGGAAAGAUUCAUUAACAACACUUCAGUUUUGGUGUCACUGAAAUUUGUUACUUGUUUUAUCUAUUCAUACCUGAAGCCAGGACCAACUUAAGGACAAGGUGUAAUUUUCUAUGUUCAUUAUAUGUUGUAAGAAAGAUGAACGUAGUUUAAUUGAUAAGCAAAAGGUAAUUUAUUGUAAGAACAUUAGGGAAUGGCAGAAUAAACAGAGUCUGGAGGUGUGGGAUAGGAAACUAAGGCAUUCCAUAAGAUCAGAAAUCAUCAAAAACAACAAUGGUCUCAUAGGAGAGAUAGAUUGAGGGAAAUUUAAAGAAAGACCAUCUGAUUGGCCACCCUUAAGUCAUGUGACAUAUGAGAUCCAUUAGGUAAAUCCCUACAUUUAUAUUAUAUCAAAAGACAGCCAAUGGUAUAAUUCAAUCUUUCUCAUUUGGACUUUGGAUUCUCUAACACCAGAUCGCACUUUGAGAAGUCCCGGGUAUAGCAGUUUCCCAAAAGUAAAAAAGGAGCUAUUUGAAAAAAAAAAAUGGAAGAAAAUAUCAAGCAGAUAAGCAUACACUACUACGUGACAGACUAUAAGUUCCUUCAAAUAACUCACAUUAUUACAAAAGUUAAAGGUACACAUAAUAUCACCCACAAUUAAUCUCAGAACAAUAACAUGUAUUGAGAGUUACUCAAUUACCCUCUGGAAAGAACAGAAUCUCUAAAGUUUGCAAUCAACCACUCCUGCUAUUACCUCCAGCACACCAGUUAAGGUUCUCUUCAUUUUCUAUGACCUUGAUAAAGAAAAGAUCAUAACAAGAGUGAGAUACCUACGCCUCAACAGGAAUUCAAUGACACUUGCUGGGAGAAUGACUUCCAUCAAUGACACCCACUUCCAUCCCCCCUUGUUUCACCUGCUAGGAAUCCCAGGACUGGAAACUGUACAUAUCUGGAUUGCUUUCCCAUUCUGCAUUGUGUACCUGAUUGCCCUUGUGGGGAACAUCACCAUUCUCUUUGUGAUCAAGACUGAACACAGUCUCCACCAGCCCAUGUUCUACUUCCUGGCCAUGUUGUCUAUGAUCGAUCUGGGUCUGUCCACGUCCACCAUCCCCAAAAUGCUGGGCAUCUUCUGGUUCAACCAACAAGAGAUCAGCUUUGGGGGCUGCCUUGCCCAGAUGUUCUUUAUCCACAUGUUCACAGGAAUGGAGACUGUUCUCCUGGUGGCCAUGGCUUAUGACCGCUUUGUUGCCAUCUGCAACCCUCUCCAGUACACCAUGAUCCUCACCAAUAAAACCAUCAGCAUCCUAGCUUCUCUUGUUGUUGGAAGAAAUUUAAUUCUUGUGACUCCAUUCGUGUUUCUCAUUCUGAGGUUGCCCUUCUGUGGGCAUCACAUCAUCCCUCAUACGUACUGUGAGCACAUGGGUCUUGCCCGGUUGGCCUGUGCACCCAUCAAGGUCAACAUUAUCUAUGGGCUCAUGGUGAUUUCUAAUAUCAUUGUGGAUGUGAUCCUGAUUGCCUCCUCCUAUGUGCUUAUCCUUCGAGCUGUUUUCCGCCUUCCUUCUCAGGAUGCCCGGCUAAAGGCUCUCAAUACCUGUGGUUCUCAUGUCUGUGUCAUGCUGUGCUUUUACACGCCAGCUUUUUUUUCUUUUAUGACACACCGUUUUGGCAGAAACAUUCCCCGCUAUAUCCACAUUCUUCUGGCUAAUCUUUAUGUGGUUGUCCCACCGGCCCUUAAUCCGGUCAUCUAUGGAGUCAGGACCAAACACAUCCGAGAGAGAGUUGUGAAGAUAUUUGUACAGAAAUAAUAGUUCAGUGUCAACAUUUGGAAAAUAUAUCCACAUACCACCCACAUUUUAAUAAUCUGAGCUCUGCUUCAAAUUUCCUAUUAGAGUAGAUAGCAGUAGCCAGAUUUUUAUUUUUUAUUGGAAUUCGUUUAAAGUUGACAGGUAACUUUGCUGUCUGCUCUACCCACCCACCCCAUGUAACUGGACGAAGGGAAAGCACUGAUGGGAAAAGAAGAUGUCCUGGAGGCAGCAGUGGUUUGGGAGUAGAAUGGCUGGUGGGAAAAGAUGAGAACACUCCCCAUUUUUCCAUGUGUCUUCUCUUUAGGUACGUUUAGACCCUGAAGGAACACUGAUUCAACAAUCUCACUUUGUAGAUGAGGAAAAUAAGGUAUAAGCCAUGGCUUGGUGACAGUGUCUAAAUUAGUGCAUCUGUUCCACAGAUUUAUAUUCUGUAUAUUAAUCCUCAAGUUUUGCCUUCCUUCUCUAGAGUCAUUACUCAUUUUCAUUUUAAUGGUUCCCCUGUCUUGUUCUUACUGUCAUUUUUGUUCCCUUUCUUCUUUCUAAUCUAAUUCUUCCCAUUUCCCUCUCUUCCUCCUUCUCUCCCUCCUUCCUCCCUCCUCUCCCUCCUCCCUUCUCUCCUUCUCUUUUUAUCUCUCUCUAUCUCUAUCUCUUUUUUACUGUUUCUCCAAUAAACCAAGUAUCUGUGAAUUGAAGAAUAUGGGAGAAUACAGUUCAGACAUUAAAGAUAUAUGACAUUAUUUCCUCACUUACAGCAAAGUCAUUUUAGAUGUGA